CCCCGCCGCGCGCCUCCCGGCUCACCUGACCCGCCCGUCGCUCACGUGAUCCGUCUCGGCGCCGCCAUCUUGGAGCCACGGCUGAGGAGGGGCAAAGCGGGGGAAAAGAGAGGGAAAAGAGUCAGGAGCGAGGCGGGCGAGGACGAGGGCGAGGGCACGGCGGGGUCCCGGCCGGCCAAAGGAGGCUCGCAGACGCAGCAGCCCGCCGCCCGACCGCAGCUGGAUUGUGACGAUUGAUCCAGAAGACUGCAUUAAUUUCAGGAAUUGAUUGGAGAGACACUGUCUCUGCCACUAACAGCCAUGUAACCUUCGAUAUGGAAGAAAGAAACAGCAUUGCCAUGUUGGUGCCAGAGAUUGGAGAACAGGAGGCUGUGUUAACUGCUGAAGGAGUCCUCAGUCCUGCCUCGGAAGUUGACGAACAAAGAAAAGCCAAAGCGGAUCCAUUGGUCCAUGUCAUCCAGAAGUUAAGCAAGAUAGUAGGGCAUGAAAAGUCACAAAAAUGUCUUCUGAUUGGGAAAAAGCGCCCACGUGCAAGUGUGAUGCCACAUUCUCUUGAAACCCUAGAGCACUGUGAGAUUCCAGCUAAAGCAGCUGAGUCCCCUGCCACUGAGAUUAGGAAAUCCGAGAUGUCACAAGCAAAUCCCACUCCAGACUGUCCUGCCUCAAAUGAUGGGAAGGCUAUGUCCUACCAGUGUAGCCUUUGUAAGUUUCUGUCGUCGUCCUUCUCGGUGUUGAAAGAGCACAUCAAGCAGCACGGGCAGCAGAACGAUGUAAUGCUAAUGUGCUCAGAGUGCCACGUCACCUCCAGAAGCCAGGAGGAGCUCGAAGCCCAUGUGGUAAAUGAACACGAAAACAGUGCCAGUAGCCACGCCCAGCUCAGCUCCUCCUGCCAGGGAGCCACAGAAAGAAAGAAUGAGACCAUGGUGGACAUCCCAGUGAGCAUGGGCAGUCCACAGACCCACGCUGUCCAAAGUGCAGCCGUGGCAGAGGUGGGCAGGAGGAAGUGGUAUGCGUACGAGCAGUAUGGCAUGUACCGGUGCUUGUUCUGUAGCUACACCUGUGGCCAGCAGCGGAUGCUGAAGACACACGCUUGGAAACAUGCAGGGGAAGUUAACUGCUCCUACCCAAUCUUUGAGAAUGAAAAUGAGCCCCUGGGCCUUCUUGCUUCUUCAGUGUCUGCUGCACCUGGUGGGGUUGAUGCAGUCGUCAUUGCUAUUGGGGACAGUGAACUGAGCAUCCACAAUGGGCCAUCUGUACAAGUACAGAUUUGCAGCUCUGAGCCACUGUCCUCUUCAUCUCCUUUAGAAGAGAGCACAGAGGAGGGAGUACACCUAAGCCAGUCAGUCACCCUGGACUCUAACGAGGAGGAAAUGCUAGAGGUGAUGUCUGACUCCGAGGAGAAUCUGUUUGCUGAUAGUUUGCUCUCAUCAGCACAGAAAAUCAUUAGCAGCAGCCCAAACAAAAAAGGUCAUGUGAAUGUCAUUGUGGAACGUUUGCCAAGUGCAGAAGAAACCCUCCCGCCAAAACAUUUCCUCAUGAAUGCUGAGAUGGAAGAGGGGAAGAGCCUUAGUCCUGCCAAUGCUCAGACUGGGUGUGGAGGAGCAGGAGACAUCUACCAUGCUGACAAAUGUACUGUUGAUAUUGGGGGGUUGAUCAUUGGCUGGAGCAGUGCAGAGAAGAAAGACAGUGAGCUAAGUAAGGGCCUGGCUGCUGAUGAGAAUGCCCCGCCAGGACGGAGAAGGACCAAUUCUGAGUCUCUCAGGCUGCACUCCUUAGCUGCAGAAGCCCUUGUCACCAUGCCGAUAAGAGCUGCUGAACUAACGAGAGCCAGCCUUGGGCACUAUGGGGACAUAAACCUUUUAGAUCCGGACACUGGACAAAGGCAGGUCAGUGGUCCAUUGGCAGCAUACUCAAAAAAAAUCAUGUCUCCUCUUAAGAACUCUUCAGAUGGAGUGGCAAAUUUUAACCAAAGCAGUUCCACUGUGGUAGCACUCCCAGAGGGAAGGCAGGAAUUGUCAGAUGGGCAAGUUAAGACAGGCAUCAGCAUGUCCCUUCUUACUGUAAUAGAAAAACUGAGAGAAAGGACAGACCAGAAUGCAUCAGAUGACGACAUUUUGAAAGAGUUGCAGGACAAUGCCCAGUGUCAGCCCAACAGUGAUGGGAGUUUGUUAGGGUCCAACGUGGUGGAAUACAUCCCGGAUGCUGAGCGGCCCUACCGCUGCCGCCUGUGCCACUACUCAAGUGGCAACAGGGGCUACAUCAAGCAGCACCUACGUGUCCAUCGGCAGAGGCAGCCUUACCAGUGUCCUAUCUGUGAGCACAUAGCUGAGGACAGCAAAGACUUGGAAAGCCACAUGAUCAACCACUGUAAAACCAGAAUCCACCAGUGUAAGCAGUGCAAAGAGUCUUUCCAUUACAAGAGCCAACUGAGAAACCAUGAGAGAGAACAGCACUGUCUGCCCAACACCUUGUCAGUAGCUUCAAAUGAGCCAAGAAUUUCCCGUGAUGCCGCUGAUGGAAAAUGUAUUCAGGAAGGGAACAAGUCUUCAACCCAGAAGCAGUAUAGGUGCGAUGUGUGUGAUUACACAAGUACAACAUAUGUUGGUGUCAGAAACCACAGACGAAUCCAUAACUCAGAUAAACCAUAUAGGUGCUCCUUGUGUGGGUAUGUGUGCAGCCACCCCCCUUCCUUGAAGUCACACAUGUGGAAGCAUGCGAGUGACCAGAACUACAACUAUGAGCAAGUUAACAAGGCCAUCAAUGAUGCAAUCUCACAAAGCAGCAGAGUCCUGGGCAAAUCCCCUGGGAAAACAUUCUUAACCAGCAGUGGAGAGAGAGCUGACCCUACCACAGGCAGUCCAGAAGACUUGGUGUCAUCCUCGGAGCUGACUUCCCAGCUGCCCAGUGAAGUCCUAGAUGCCAGCGAGCUUGAGAAACUGAGCCCCACAGGCAGCAACUCUGACAUCUCAGGAAGGAGCUGCAGCUUGGCUGCACCAGGCACUGAGUACUGCGUGCUGCUCUUCUGCUGCUGCAUCUGUGGCUUCGAGUCGACCAGCAAGGAAAGCCUCCUGGAUCACAUGAAAGAACAUGAGGGGGAGAUUGUCAGCAUCAUCCUGAACAAGGACCACAGCACAGCCCUGAACACCAACUAGCUGAGAGCAUGUGGGAGGGACCCUCCGAACUGCCGGUCAACCUUAGUGCCAU